AACUCUCAAUUUUGCAUGUGAUCCUGAGCUGGUGAAAGUUUCGGGACAGCCUGUCUGCCUGUCAUAGAUGUAGCAUACUAGCUACCUUGAGACCAUGUUUACAAGCCUUUUCUUCUUUAAUGCAAGAGCGAUAUGACCAGUGAAGGAUGAUUAGUCAACUAUCAGAGGAAGUGGUGGAUGGUUUCAGCACUGAGGAGCUGGAGUGUAAAAUUUGCUAUUGUGUUUAUAAUCUGUCCAGUAGGCGACCCAAAAUACUUGACUGCCAGCAUCGUUUGUGCUCUAAAUGCCUGGCAAAAAUCCUCAAUCUGGGUGAGUCACCCCCAAACUCAGUGGUCUGCCCUUUCUGCCGCUGCGUUACUGGACUACCAAGAGAAGCUUGUGGCAGUCUACCAGACGACUACAACUUGUUGACUGUGCUGUCCCUCCAAAACGAAUAUCUAAAUGUAAAGGGGAGCCAGGGUGAGAUUUUACUCAAUCCAGGGCGCCUAAAUUCUCUUGUAGGUCACUCAGCAUUGGCAACGCCUUCAUCAUUAUGCUCCAACUACGUGGUCAUCACCAUUAUGGAACCAGCACAAGAGCAUGCCAUUUCAGCAGAUCAUCACUCCUCCAGCCUGGACUCUAUGGCCUCAAUGAUGCACCACUGCACAGUGUGGAACUGUAUGAUGUUGCUCUGCCAAGCCUUGGCCAGAGUUUUGGUGUGGGUCCUGGGGAUUUUGUACUUCAGCUCUUUGCCAACUGGUGUUUACUUACUUAUAAUGAAGAAGACCAUUCUGGGAGUUUUGCUGAUCAGUCUAGUGCCUGCCAGUCUUUUCAUGAUAAUGGUAUAUGGGAUUUGUCGGUGUAUGUGCCAUGAGUUUUGGGACUGUAUGCCACCUUAAGGAUCAGAACCUGGAUACCUUCUAAGCAAUUGCAGCACACUUUGGAUAUGACAGCAGAUUGACAGGUCUUUGAAAAUCAGUUAUUAGUUAAAAAUGACUGAACAUAUAAAUGUGUGAAUCAUAGAGAAUAUAGUUUUAUUUUAGAAUAUAUUUUCUAACUAUGAAGUUAACCUCUAGAAUGUAUAUAUUUUUAUACCACUGUAUUGUUGAAUUCUCAAACAUGAACAUGAUUUUAACAGUUGUUGACAGAGCAGUUUACAGCUCUACAUUUACUUUAUUUAUCAUCACUAUAGUUAUCGCUCAUACACAACGUGUAUAGCAAAUGCAAUUAAUACUGCAGAUAAUUUGAAAUAUUAAUAAACUAAUUCAAAAAGUGGUAUAGUAUGCUAUCCUUUUCAUAAGAAUAAUGGAUCAUUUUCCCUACCAGCACAUCCUGCCCUGGUAUAUUCUAUACUUUACUGAUCUACCAAUAUACUGCAUGUACACCAUGAUGUUAAAUGGAAACAAGCUCAAAAACAAUGAAAACCCAUCAAGGCUGGACUCAAGAAGACAUCUGAAGGUGUACUGUGGUGUCUGGCAUCAAGAUAUUAGCAUUAGAUUGUUUAAGUUCUUUUUUUAGAUGAAAUGUGGGGACUCCAUGAAACUGACUUGUUUUUUCCAACAUAUCCCACAUAUGCUCAUUUAAAGUGACAUCUGGGAAAUUUGGGGGCCAAUCAAUAUCCCCACUGUCAUUUUGUAAUACUGUUACCAGGAAAGGGUGUACUUAACCUGCAAUGUUUCGAUAGCUGCUAUGUGUCAAAGUAACAUCCAUAUGACUGGAAGGACCCAAGAUU